AAGGUGUAUUGGUAGUUAGUAUCAAUAGAUUAGUACGUGUCUACGUACGUCGCAGUACGUCGUAUUUGUACGUCAUAAUGGCAGCGCCGGUGAAAAAGCGUGACAUUCAAAAAAUGCACGAUGAUGAAGAGGAUCGCGUCUCUUCCAGCAGUGAGGAUGAAGAAUAUGAGGUCGCGGACGAACAGGGAAUGGAGCUUCAAUUGGAUUUUGAAGGCCGUAAUCCACAAGAUCCAGAUUACCAUGGAAUCAAAACAUUAUUGCAACAACUUUUUCUGAAAGCACAUAUUGACUUAGGUGGAUUAACAGAUUUGAUAAUAUCUCAGAAUUAUGUUGGGUCUGUUGUUAAACAGUCUGAUGAUAUAGAUGAAUCCGAUGAUGAUGACAAUGAUAUUAAUGAUGUAUUUGGUAUUACAACUGUCAUUAAUAUUUCUGAUAGACAGAAUGUUGCAUGUAUACAACAGCUUAGGGAUUUAUUGAAGCAAUUAGCAGAUGAGCAUGCAACAGAUGCAGCUAACACUAUGAUAAAAAAUGUGUUGGAGAAUGAUGCAGCACAAUUGGGUUUACUUAUAAACGAGAGAUUUAUCAACAUUCCAGCUAAGAUUUCAGUGCCACUCUUCGAAAAUUUAAUUUCCGAAGUGAAACGUGCCACUAGUAGAAAUAUGCCAUUUAAUUUCUCCUAUUACAUACUUAUAUGUAAACUAUACAAGUCAGAAGAUAAAAAGAUUGGGAAGAAGUCAAAGAGUAAAAAUAGAAAUACUGGCAGUGAACCAUCUAUAUUGUGGAGUAAUCCAGAAGAAGAGAUCUUUGCAGAAAAUGCAACUGUUAGUUUCGAAUUCUCUGUUGAAGAAGAAGCAGACAAUGGUUUAUCUGGAACAUGGACUGAAACAGACGAUGAAAUGAUACCUUAUAGACGAGUUCUUCUUUUCGAUGCUUCUAAAUUGCAAUCCAUAUUUGAUAAAAUACAGAAUCAAUUUUCUUAACUGAUUCUAUAAACGGUAUUAAUAUCGCUAAAAUGGCUGAGUCCACUGCAAAAUUUUGUUUCAAUAUAAACAGAAGAUGUGCUUUUCAAUUACAGUUUCUUUGAUACCUACAUAUGAUGAAGUGUAAUUGCAAUGGUAUGUGCACAAAAUUUUUUAUAAUAUAUCUUUUACACAGCGCUUAUGCUACAAACUGUUUCUAUAAAUUUCGCCCUUUCACACUUUUUUGUUCUUCUAUUUUUAUAUUUUUCUUAUAAAUUACACUAACAAAAUAUUCAUCGAUUUUGUAUUGAACUUUCUUAUUUGUGAUUUCCUUAUAGCAAUUUAAACAUAAUUUUCAUAAUUGAAUAAAUAGAUUUUGUAUGCAUAAAUUUAGAUUGAGCAAGAUAAAUAUAAUAUAAAACGCAAAUGUACAAAUGAAAUAACAAGGAUAUAUAUCAUAUUGUAAAAAGACAUUAAUAAUGUAUGAUUUGACUGAUUUUGAGACUCAAACCUUUCUAAAAUUA